AUGGGGAACACAGAGAGUUCCGGCAAGAUCCACCCUAUCUCUUGUAUCUCGACCCUUAGCUCCCUCGGUCGAAGCCAAAUUGGCCAAUGGAAGAUUCUCGAGCCCGAUCUUCACAAGCACCCGCGGUCCCAAGGUUCGCUGGACGUCGCACACAUUUUUUUGCGAAAGCUUCGCGGGUCCAAAGAGGACUAG